AUGGUUGCCUGCCUUCCUCACCCCCUUCUCCUCCCCUUCCACCCCACCUCCCUCUCCCCCCACUCUCCUCCCUCCACCCAAACAACCCGUUUCCUCCCCUCCCCCCCAUCUCCCUCUCGUCAACCUCACCUUCUCUCCCUGAUUCCUCCGCUCCUUCCGCUCGAUCUCUUGCCUGCAGCAGCACUCACUCAGUCAUGGGACAGCAGCUCUUGGCCAUCGUGCCGUUGCUCAGCCUCUCGAUCGCCGGCGCGCUGCUCAUGUUCCACUCCCAACCUAUCAUCCCCCACUCCCCAAUGUCUCGUCUCUCGUCUCUGCAGCAACACUCACUCAGUCAUGGGACAGCAGCUCUUGGCCAUCGUGCCGUUGCUCAGCCUCUCGAUCGCCGGCGCGCUGCUCAUGUUCCACUCCCAACCUAUCAUCCCCCACUCCCCAAUGUCUCGUCUCUCGUCUCUGCAGCAACACUCACUCAGUCAUGGGACAGCAGCUCUUGGCCAUCGUGCCGUUGCUCGGCCUGUCGAUCGCCGGCGCACUGCUCAUGUUCCGCAGAAGGCGCAGGGGAAUCCCCAAGGACUGGGGCGCCAUUUCCGAGAAGGGUUUGGGAGUCCCGCGUGGAAGGCGAGCCAUGCGCCUGCAACGCAGACGGCGCCGUGCGUGAGGGAGCUGGUUGAGGCUGGCGCGCAGCUGGUGGGGAAGACGCACAUGGACGAAAUGGCUUACAGCAUAUUCGGCGAGAACAAGGCUUUGGGCACGCCAGUGAACCCCGUGUGUCCCGACCACGUACCAGGAGGCUCGUCCAGCGGCUCUGCUGUUGCUAUUUCUGCCGACCUAGCUGACUUCGCUCUCGGCACGGACACAGCAGGCAGCAUCCGCAUCCCAGCAGCGUUCUGCGGAGUGCUGGGGUACCGGCCCUCCCAUGGCGCCAUCUCUGCUGCUGGUUGCGUCCCCAUGGCUCCCUCCCUUGACACCGUCGGUGUCUUUGCGGCGGAUCCAGCAGUGCUGCGUCACGUGGGCCACAUUCUCCUGCGCCAGCCCUUCACGCCCGCCCGCCGCCCGCUCUCCCUCUACCUAGCGGACGACCUCUUUGACCUCUGCUCCAUCCCCCGCCGCCACGUCACUGAAGCCGUGCUUUCCGCGGGAGAGCAGCUCUUUGGCCCCAUAGUGAAGUACGUGCAAGUGGGGCAGGACCUGCUGCUGAAGAGGGUACCAGCGAUUCAACACUUUCUCAACCUCCUGCCGCCACCAGCAGCACCGCAGGGAAACAGCAGCACCACCGACAGCAGCAGCAGCAGCAGCAGCAGCAGCAGUGUGAAGAAAGCGGCAGAGGAGGGCAAGAGGGCGUUGCAAGCACUGGUAGAAGCGAUGAAGCUGCUGCAAAGACACGAGUUCCGCACAGCCCACCUGGAGUGGGUGCAGCAGGUGCAGCCGAAGCUGCAGGCAGACGUGCAGGUGCGCGUGCAGGCAGCAGUGGAGGCAGAGCCGGAGGCGCUCGCAGCCCAUGCUGCCCAGGCUCAACUGGUGCGGGAGCAGCUAAGGGCCGCCAUCGCUGACCUCUGCAAGAGCGACGGGCUGAUAGCGCUGCCAGUGACGCCAGACUUCCCCCCCAAGCUGCGUGCCAAGCCUCAAGUGCUGGACGCGUUCCGAGCCUCCGCCAUGCUUCUCGUGGCCCCCGGGUCCAUGUCCGGCUGCCCGCAGGUGACAGUGCCUAUAGGGCGUAUGGAGUGUUCCCCCUCGGGCCUGCCGCUUGCAGUGGGGUUGAUGGCACGGCAUGGGGCCGACCGGUUUCUGCUUGACUCUGUUACGCACUUUGCCCCGGCAGUGCAAGAUGCGUAUAAGGCGGUACUGCCCAAGAUCAACAAGUCUCAAGCCUCCGCAUCCUCAUCAGCAGCAGCGCAGCCUGUUCUCUCACAAGCUGAAAUCGCCAAAGAAAAAGGCAACAAGGCGUACAAGCAGAAGAAGUAUCAGGAGGCAGUGGACCAUUACACAGCAGCCAUCCGACACGACAGCAAGAACGCCACCUACUACUCCAACCGCGCCAUGGCCUACCUCAACCUGCACAAUUUUGAGCAAGUGGAGGCGGAUUGCACAGCGGCGUUGAGUCUCGACAAGAAAAAUGUGAAGGCCAUGCUGCGCAGAGGGACAGCCAGAGAGAUGCUCGGGUUCUACCCAGAGGCGUUCGAAGACUUCAGUCAGGCGUUGAUUCUUGAGCCCACCAACAAGACAGCCUUGGAAGCAGUCACUCGCAUGAAGGAGAGUGGGAUAGCCUGA